GCAUGACAUGACCAAUGGAUGUCAUGUCAUACGGAAAUUACGUGAAAAUAACCCUAGUGAUUUGAAUUGAAAUGGUUUUUGUCAUCGAGGUAGUGUACCUUAUUUAUUUCGAUAGUUUAGUGAAGGAAGUGAUAUUUUUAUAGCAAACACGUUAUAGUAUUUACACGGAUAAAGUUAGCGCUUCAGUACCUACCUAAUAGUCUGACUAGGUCCCUAUUUCAGUCAUGACAGAAAAAGAUGAUACGAAACAGAGUAACUCUGAGGAUAUAGAAAGUAAUAAUUUUCAUCAGUACACUCUUUUCGAUGUUACAAUAGAUCCCGGCUUGAAGGAUGAUGUAGGUAAUGAGUUACCAAGGCCUUACACUAAAAACCAAAUGCGGAAAUGGCUGAAGAAGGUUAAAUGGGAGAAUCGGAAAGUAGAAAAACGAUCAAGAGAGAAAGCCCGUGAAAAGGAAAGAAGAAAACAAGCUCGCGAAGCCAAUAUAGACUGCGGUCCGAGCAGGAAGGCUUUGAAGAAAAUGAAAUUGGAGAGAGCCAAACUAAACAUAGGGGUAAUUGUAGACCUAAGUUUCGAUGACUUGAUGAUUGAAAAGGAUCGAUAUAAAGUAAUUAAACAAAUAUUGAGAUGCUAUUCUUUAAACAGAAGAUCGAGCACUCCUCUUCAAUUCUAUAUUACUAGUUUUUGUGGUAAAUCCAAAAAUGAUAUUUCAAGGCACAAUGGAUAUGAAAAUUGGGAUGUGGAAUUUUAUGAAAAGUCAUACCUUGACAUAUUUUCAAAAGAAAAAAUAGUGUACUUAUCGAGUGAAUCAGAAAAUAUUAUAGAACAUUUUGAUGAAGAUACAUAUUAUGUUAUUGGAGGUUUGGUAGACCAUAAUAAACAUAAGGGUCUUUGCCAUAAAAUAGCUGUUGAACAAGGUAUCCGACAUGGUCAGCUCCCAUUGGAUAAAUAUGUCAACAUGAAAACUAGAAAAGUUUUAACAAUUGAUCAUGGUAAGUAUUGCUUGAACACAUAGUCAAUGUUUUCGAGAUAGUCCUUCGAGUCUGUGAAGGAAUGUCCUGGCAAGAAACACUCAUUCAAGUUUUGCCAGAAAGGAAAGGUGUCCAUGUUUGUGAUAAUGUUAGUACUUCUAGUUCAGAAAUAUCAGAAAAUGGUAAAUUAGAACAUCACACAGGAAUAAAAUAGUUUGUGUAUGUUAAAUUAUUACUAAUUUAAAAAUAAAAGACACUAUGUGAGACUUU